CAGGCAGCAGGCUCGGCUGCGCGGCAGGGGAGCGGAGCGGAGAGGAGGCGGCGGCGGCGGCGGCGGAGGGAGGAUGGUGCCCGCCGUGGGGGCGCCGCCGCCCAGCCCGCCCAGCCCACCGGCUCUCUUCUCUGAAACCAUGCCAGAGAUGACAGAGAAUGAGACACCUACUAAGAAGCAACAUCGAAAGAAAAACCGGGAGACACAUAACGCAGUGGAGAGACAUCGAAAAAAGAAGAUUAAUGCAGGGAUAAACAGAAUUGGAGAACUCAUUCCCUGCUCUCCAGCACUCAAGCAGAGCAAGAACAUGAUCCUGGACCAAGCCUUUAAGUAUAUAACAGAAAUGAAAAGACAGAAUGAUGAACUUCUGUUAAAUGGAGGGAACAACGAACAGGCUGAAGAGAUAAAAAAACUCCGGAAACAAUUGGAUGAACUUCAGAAGGAGAACGGGAGAUAUAUUGAACUACUGAAAGCAAAUGAUAUUUGCCUGUAUGAUGACCCUACAAUCCACUGGAAGGGGAAUCUCAAAAAUGCAAAGGUUUCGGUUGUUAUUCCUGGUGAUCAAGUUCAAAAGAACAUCAUCGUCUAUUCAAAUGGGAGUCAACCCAAUGGAAAUAACCAGGGAGCAUCUGUCCAGGGAAUAACGUUUAACGUUAGUCAUAAUUUACAAAAGCAAACAGCCAAUGUUGUGCCAGUUCAGAGAACUUGCAAUUUAGUGACUCCUGUGACAAUUUCUGGUAUUUACCCUGCAGAAAACAAGCCACGGUCUCAGAGUACGGUUUCUCCACUGGCACCCGCUCAGCCAGUCCCAGCAGGGAACGUUCUUGAACUUUCCACCCUAGAGAAUGAGCAAGGUGUGCUUGUUACAGCCACCUCACAGAGCACUUCUCAAUCUGGAACAGAACAGGAACUACAGCGUUCUCUAAGUAAUACAUCACAGAAUGAUCAAAAUCUCUCCAAAAGUAAAAACGAUGAGGCGUGCCCGAAAUUAAUGAAGAAAACACUCCUGCAGGGAAUCAGCCUUCCUUCCAGUGCCUCCACGGAAGCCUCUCAAGUUCAACAGGUGAAUGCAACCUGCUCAAAAACACCCAGUUCUAGGAAUGAAUUUCAAGAAGGCUGUGUAAUUUCAACCAGUGACACAGCUUGCGUGCCGUCUGUGAGACUGUCUAGUACAGAUAGCUUUUCCUCUGUAAAUGUCCUCAAAAGUACAGACUUGGUAAGUAGUGCUGCAAUGCCCAUGACUUCUGCAGCAGAAGGAAUUAAGGCCGUAACGGCAAUAAGCACUCUGCCUGCCAGUCCCCUAGAGAACUGCUGGUCUUUUUCAGGCUCUACAGGCGUUGGCACUUCAGACUUGAAAAACAUGAGUAGCCUUACACGCAUGCCUUCAGCUGGAAACACACAGACCACGUGGACAACUUUGCAGCUAGCAGGCAAUACUGUUCAGCCACUAAGCCAAACACCAUCCAGCGUGAUGACUGCGCUCCUGAAUGAGCCCGGUAACAGCACUGGUACUGUAUCUCCUGCUCACAGCAGGCCUUUGACUACAAGCAUUAGUCUAAGUACUUCUCUGCCUGGAGAUGUGCAGGCAGCUGAACAAAUCGUAGUUACCUUGCCCUCAUGUCCGUCCUUACCUAUGCAGCCAUUAAUCAGCCAGCCACAGGUUAAAACUCAGGCUGCAGGAAAUAUCCUUCCACUGAAUUCAGCUAUGCAGGUGAUUCAGAUGGCGCAGCCAGUUGCGUCAGCCGUAACAGGAGCACCAGCCAACCAGAAUGUCAUAAUUCUCCAGCCUCCAAACACCACGCCGUGCCCUCCAAUCGUGAGAGCAGAAGUCCCUAGCCAAAAUGUGAGUCAACAAAUUGUAAUUAUACAAGCUGCUAGUCAGAAUCCGCUUCCUCUCCUCUCUGCCCAGCCUUCUGCUUCUGUAAGAGUUCCCAUGAAUGGGCCUACUGCGAUCGCAAACUCUAGCAACUCCGUACAAAACGCCCCUCUUCCACAGACUUUUGGGGGGAAACACCUUGUCCAUAUAUUACCAAGACCAUCCUCUUUGCCAUCUUCUAGCUCUACACAAACAUUUUCAGUUACGAUGUCAAAUCAGCAGCAUCCUCAAACUAUCUCACUGAACGGGCAGCUUUUUGCAUUGCAGCCCGUGAUGUCUUCAUCUGGAGCUGCGAACCAAGCCCCUAUGCAAAUUAUUCAACCCACCACCAGCGAAGAUCCAAAUACCAACGUUGCCCUCAAUACGUUUGGUGCUUUAGCUAACCUCAAUCAAAGCAUAUCACAAAUGGCUGGACAAAGCUGCUUACACUUGUCUCUCAGCCACCCUGCCAAUCCCACAACUGUCCAUAACCAGAUCGCCACGGUUAACUGCGUGUCGUUACCGACUUCGGUGGCAUCUGCAAUAUCUGCAGAGGGUUCAGUCUUAGCUAGUGCAUCUAAUUCAAUAAACACUUCCCCCAAAAAAGCUGCUGCUGGCUUGCCAGCUAAUACGAAAUCAAAAAGGACAAACAAAAAGCCAAGUACUAAAAAACCCGUGGCAGCCAACAGUAAAGUGUCCUGCCCAGCAAUUCCUUGCAAAGAUGUGGGGAAGGUAGAUUGUGCUCCUGCGGAAACUGCACCAAAGCUUGCAAACAGUGAGGGGCUGCCUGAAACCGUUCCGGCAGCAUCGCAAUCUUUAGCUACGUCGCAGGCGAGUGGUGUGGCAGCACCAAGCGUUGCUGAGUGUCAUUCCAAAGAGCCUGAGCGCUCUGAGCAGGCGGCAGGAUCCUGCCCUGUGCCAGAGCUGCCUGCAUCCUCACCCCUGCAGCCCACGGUGUCUGAACCGUUGGUGCCGGACCCGCCGGCUGCCAAAGAUGCUGCUCCUCUCCCGCAGGUGUGUCGGUCUCAGAGCAAUCCACCCGCUGCUUCUGCCUUGUCAGAGGCUUCUGCACCCCGCGAACCCCCUGGCACCUUAACGACCUCUCGUACUGAAGCACAUGUGACAAAUCCUCAGGUUGCCGGGAUGGCAGCAGCACAGAGCAGCACAGCAGAUCACACUUCCAAGGCAGGAGCAAUUUCGGAGUCCUGCAGUGUUGCGCAGGAUUCUUCAAUCAUCAUGCAAGAUGCGGACUUGUUAGAGGGGCAGGGUCUAACCAAAAUGCUGUCAGAUCUCACAAAAGACAGAACAGCUGAGGAAAAAAACUCUUCUUUUACCGUUCAGGGGGAGCAUUCUAAUUUUCCCAUGGAAAACUCGAAAUCAUCAGAAUCAAAUGUUGAUUUGCCUGAGAAGCAGGAACUUCUGUUAAUGAACUCGGAGGGAGAUUCUCUCUCCCAGCAUCACAGCUGCAUUUCUGAUCAGGAAGUAGUUAGUGCUUCCCUCAUUGCCAGCAGGCAGGCAGACUCCCCAAUGUCCACCAGCUCUGGUAGCAGUCGAGGCUUCUCAGUGGCAUCGAUGUUGCCAGAUACCACCAGGGAAGAUGUUACGAGCAGCACAUCAACCAGUACGUGUAACAACUGCACGUUUUCAGAACAACCCGACAUCGUAGCUCUUGCAGCAAGAGCUAUUUUUGAUCAAGAAAACCUUGAGAAAGGUGGAGGAGGAAUGCAAGUUAACAUGAGGGAUGCCAUCUCUAAGUCAACUGAGGUUGCGUCUUUGGAGAGAGAGCAACCGACUUUCAAACCUUUACCAGCGAAAGAAAGCAAUGCAGGGCCAUUAGAAACACCAUCCAACAAAUUCAGUGCUCAGGAUACGGUGCAAGCAAAUGUUGAUAGACAAGUUGAAAAACCAAGCUGUUCUGUAGGAGGUGUGGAGACCUCAAACACUUCUUUGCAGAUUUCAGCCUCCCAGUCACCAAGCAUAACCAGUUUAAGCGUGAAUAAUCUAAUACACCAGAGCCGCAUUGUCCAUCCCCUUGUGAGUUGCCCAAGUUUAUCCCAGCCUUCAGAGCCGCCAAGUGUUCCUGCAACGGUGAGCCUCUCCCUCCCAUCUAGUUCGUAUGUCAACCAGUCUCCGGGACCAGCUAUGAUGAAUGAAUAUGCUCAGGAGCAACUGAAUGCUAUCAGGGCAAACACCAUGCAGGCCCCCCAGCUGCAGGAAUCACACUUAAAGCAGCAAGGCCACGAAGGUCGCAAAGACUCUGCCAAGCGGGCUGUGCAAGACGACCUUCUGCUCUCCACAGCAAAGAGGCAAAAGCAGUGCCAGACAGCACCUCUGAGGCUCGAAGGGAUGGCGCUGAUGAACCGAACACCAGAGAGCAUUGCUGAUCAAACGCAGAUGCUGGUCAGUCAGAUUCCUCCUAACUCAUCAAAUUCAGUGCCAUCAGUGAGCAAUCAAGGGCACACGGAUGGCCUUAGCAGGUUAUUCCCAUCAAACAGCAACUUCGUAACGCCAGCUUUGCGACAAACUGAAGUUCAGUGCAACUCUCAAACAUCGAUUUCAGAACAGCAAGGUCAAGCAGGGCAGCACUUGCAGCCGAUUCAGCAUGGACCUUCUCAAGGCAUAUCUCAUCUCCACAGUAAUCAUCCCUACUUAAAACAGCAGCAGGCUGGGCAGUUAAGAGAAAGGCACCACUUGUACCAGCUGCAGCACCAUGUCACUCACGGGGAAAACUCAGUCCACUCUCAACCCCAUGGUGUCCACCAGCAGCGAACAAUACAGCAGGAGGUGCAAAUGCAAAAGAAACGAAAUCUUAUCCAGGGAAGCCAAGCCACGCAACUUUCUCUACAGCAGAAACACCAUGGAAGUGAUCAGACGCGGCAAAAAGGUGGUCAGCCUCAUCCUCACCACCAGCAAAUGCAGCAGCAGAUGCAGCAGCACUUUGGAGCUUCCCAGCCUGAAAAGAACUGUGAAAACCCCGCAACAAGCAGAAACCAUCACAGCCACCCUCAGAGCCAUAUAAACCAGGAAAUUAUGCAUCAGCAGCAACAAGAUGUUAGCAGCAGACAGCAAGGUUCAGCUUCUGAACACGUAUCAGGGCAUAAUCAGAUGCAGAGGCUUAUGACCUCAAGGGGCUUAGAGCAGCAAAUGGUGUCCCAGGCAAGUAUCGUAACCAGGCCAUCGGAUAUGACUUGCACUCCUCACAGGCAGGAGAGAAACAGGGUCUCCAGCUACUCUGCUGAAGCACUCAUUGGGAAGACACCCUCUAAUUCAGAGCAGAGAAUAGGAAUCUCUCUUCAAGGCCCUAGAGUUCCUGACCAGCUCGAAAUGAGAAGCUAUCUCGAUGUUUCUAGGAAUAAAGGGUUGGUCAUUCAUAAUAUGCAGGGCCGUAUAUCUGUCGAUCAUACGGUUGGCUCAGACGUGCAACGGCUGUCUGAUUGUCAGACCUUUAAGCCAGCAGGACCCAAUCAACAGCCAACAGGCAAUUUUGACGUACAAGCCUCAAGGAACAGCGAAAUUGGUAAUUCUGUGCCAUCCCUCAGGGGCAUGCAGUCGCAAGCUUUCCGAAUUGGUCAAAAUACCGGGCCGUCCAUUGAAAGACAGAAGAGGUUGCCUUACCCGCCAGUGCAGGGUAUUCCAACAGGAAAUACCCUUCCAUCAAGGGAGAAUGAAAACACAUGCCACCAAAGUUUUAUGCAGAGUUUACUCGCCCCUCACCUCGGAGACCAAGUUAGCGGAAGCCAAAGAUCCCUCCCAGAGCAUCAGAGGAAUACGCAGUGCGGCGCAUCCUCCACGAUUGAGUACAACUGCCCCCCGGCGCGAGAGAGCGUCCACAUCCGAAGGGAUGGUGACGGUCAGACCAGGGAAAGCUGUGACAUGUCUAUUGGUUCAAUUAACACGAGGAACAGUUCUUUAAAUAUUCCUUUCUCGAGUUCUUCUUCCUCGGGAGACAUUCAGGGUCGAAAUACAAGCCCAAACAUUUCCGUACAGAAGUCCAAUCCCAUGAGGAUGACCGAGAGCCAUGGGACGAAGAGUCACAUGAAUACGCCAGUUUCUAGCAACAUGCAUGGAGUCGUGAGGCCCACUCACCCUCACCCUGCAGUUUCUCAUGGAAAUGGUGAACAAGGGCAACCAUCUGUUCGUCAGCCAAAUUCUUCAGUUACUCAACGAUCCAGGCAUCCUCUGCAAGAUAACGGAGGAUCUAAAAUACGUCAGCCCGAAAGGAACCGAUCGGGAAAUCAAAGACACGGGAAUGUCUUUGACCCUAGUCUUCCCCAUCUUCCCCUGUCUACCAGUGGCAGUAUGAUCCUCGGGCGCCAGCAGUCUGCGAUAGAAAAAAGAGGGAGCAUCGUCCGCUUUAUGUCGGAUGGCCCCCAGGUGUCUAACGAUAACGCAGCCCCCGACCAACACACGCUCUCCCAGAACUUUGGCUUCCCUUUUAUUCCAGAGGGUGGCAUGAACCCGCCAAUAAACGCCAACGCGUCUUUCAUCCCACCCGUUACCCAGCCUAGUGCCACUCGGACACCAGCCCUAAUCCCGGUCGAUCCUCAAAACACGCUGCCGUCCUUCUACCCGCCAUACUCCCCCGCCCAUCCCACUCUUUCCAAUGACAUUUCUAUCCCUUACUUCCCCAAUCAAAUGUUCCCUAAUCCAAGCACAGAAAAGCCAAGCAGCGGAGGUUUGAACAAUCGGUUUGGAUCCAUUUUGUCCCCUCCCCGGCCUGUUGGUUUUGCUCAGCCGAGUUUUCCUUUGCUUCCGGACAUGCCGCCGAUGCACAUGACCAACACAUCACACUUAUCCAAUUUUAACUUGACGUCUUUGUUCCCAGAAAUAGCCACAGCUCUUCCUCCAGAUGGUUCAGCAAUGUCGCCUUUGCUUUCCAUUGCAAACACAUCUGCUUCAGAUUCUUCCAAGCAGUCCUCAAACCGACCUGCCCACAAUAUAAGCCAUAUUCUAGGUCACGAUUGCAGUUCAGCUGUAUGAAGACUGAUCGACUGACUUUUAGUCUGAUGCGUUGUUUAUAUAUUUAAGGAAAACAAAAUGGAUCUUACUGGCAUCCCUGAAGAGCCCAUUCAUAGCAUCACUGUUUAUUUGCCUAAAUGUAUGUAUAUGGGUACGUUUUGUAUUUAUAUACACACUGUAUUUCCACCCACCUUACUAACUUUAAAGCACCAGUGCCUAUAGCAAUGCUUACUUACAAGAAAACGGUAAGAAUGCAACAUUUAGAGCUGUGCAAAUAUCGAUUGUUGAUUUUACAACAGUCGAGUCUGAUGGCUGAUUGUCCCGGGAUAAUCACCACCCUCAGUAGUACUUGGAUGUAAAGAAAGAAGUGAGAACAUCCGAACGAGAGAUAGGAAAAAAUGCUACAGAUUUCAUUUUAAUUGUGAUGUGUUUACCUAAAACUAAAGACGAACUUGAAGUGGCAUGGGUUUCUCUUCUUCCUUUGUAAAAUAUUUUCAGGAGCCUCAUAACAAGUCAAGUCUGUGUUAAUCCAGCAUUAUUUGAUAAAGCCAUUCAUUGUGCAGCUUUUGUCUCUUGAAGCUUGUCACAUACACGUGAUUUAAGGCUGACUUUACCUGGCAAAAAUUACUGUGUCUCUAUGGUCAGCAUUAAAAAUACUGGUUUAGAAAAUUGAGAUUUCUUUAAAGCAUGGCUUUCUGUUUCUAAGACAAAAUUUAUUUGGAUCCGUUUUAGCAAUGGCAUCUGUUACUGCUGAACUUGGUCAACAUUUUAGUGUAGCUUACUACCCCUGCUGGGGUGGUCAGCAGAGACAGCAGCCCUCUUUGUUGCCAUUUCAUUGUUCAUAUGCUGCAAGUUACCUCAGGGUGUUUCUUGAACCUUGUUUAGCACCUUCUUAAUGUCUUUUUUUUUUUU